UGUCAAUAGAAGCAAAAUGCACAUUUCAAGUGAAGUGAGUUCCACAACAAACCAUCAACAAACACCUACCAAACGUGUUAGUAACUCUGUGAAUAGUGAAAAUUCAAAUGGCAAUAACAACAACAAUAAUAAUAAUAAUACUAACAAUAACAAUAGUAAAAAACCUGUUGACGUAAGUCCUUAUUUAACACCUGAGAAUUUAUUUGAACGAACCGUUGACGUGCUCCUAGCAGAGCAUCCAGGAGAAUUGGUAAAAACGGGAUCGCCGCACAUUGUUUGCACAACGUUGCCCACACACUGGCGUUCAAACAAAACUCUGCCGAUUGCCUUUAAAGUGCUCGCCCUCGGUGAGGUGAUGGAUGGUACAAUUGUGACAAUACGCGCCGGAAAUGAUGAAAACUUUUGCGGAGAGCUACGCAACUGUACGGCAGUGAUGAAGAAUCAAGUGGCCAAAUUCAAUGAUUUGCGUUUCGUUGGACGUAGCGGCAGAGGUAAAAGCUUUACACUUACAAUUGUGAUAUCAACGAAUCCAAUACAAGUUGCCACUUACAAUAAAGCCAUCAAGGUAACUGUGGAUGGUCCGCGUGAACCACGUUCCAAAGUGCGUCAUCAAGGCUUUCACCCGUUUGCAUUUGGUCCACAGCGAUUUGGUCCGGAUCCACUUAUGGGUGGUUUACCAUUUAAAUUACCAGGUUUCGCUCAUCAUCUAGUGGGUAUGCAUGCCCAUUUACCAGCACCAGAUUGGCGUGCACUGGGUGCCGGACAUGCUGCCUUAGGACGUCCUGGAUUUCCACAUGGCGCACAUUUCUUUCAUCAUCCUCACGCCGCUUUUCCAGCACAUGGUAUAGCUAGUACUUUGGAACGUAAUGGCUUAGGAACAAUAGAAAAUGCACACCUAACACAUUUAAGUCAAUUAUCAACCAUUAAUGCUGCUCACAGUACAACAAGUCCUGAAGGUUCACCUACCACAACUAAUACUGCAAUUGGACAUCUGCCAUUAACCACAUCCCCGCCUUUAACCACAACAAAUAGUGAUAAUGAAAACAAUAACAUCAUUGACGCUGGUUUCGAAAGUGAUAGCAUAUCUGUAACCGGUUCUCCACGUAAGGUAUCAUCUCUGCAUGAAGACGAUGAGGGGCGCAGCAUUUCUCCACCAAGCAGUAACGGUAAUGGUGGUGCCUUUACAUCACUCAUACAGCGUAACUCGACUUUACGUAAAAAUGAGAUAUUUACUGGAUUUGCAAAUCACUUUCAACCAAGUCAUGGUUUUAAUCCAGCUUUGGCUGCACAACUAUUCUUGCAGAAUCCUUUGUUGCCACAGCCUAGUCAGUGGCUGUAUUCACAACUUUACGGUAAUUACAGUGAUAUGCCUUGGUUUCGUGGUGCUAUGACUACAAGUCCAACGUCUGCGGGCUUAACACAAUCUAUGCCUACAGCUCCAGCCAGCACAACAGAUGUAUCCAAUGGCGUGAAUUUAGUUAAACGAAAUGUAACACUCAUCUCACAUUCACAGGACAAUGAAAAUGCAAAUCCUAAUGCCUCGCCACCAGUCAGCUCAACUCGUCGUUCACCAUCACCUGUGGAAACUAUUGAUUUAGAUGAUGUUAGUACCACUUCUCGUUCGGGAAGUGGCAGUUUUGGACCUAUACGUUGUCGUACACCCAAGCCGAAUGAUGUUUGGCGUCCCUACUAGCGGCUCCGUAAUGCCAUAGUAACGGCACUAGGCAUCGGGUUUGAGGAGAAUGAGGCUUUUGUAUCUGAGCAUUCCAACUUACGUGAUUUAGACCUUGCAGCUUAUGAAGCGGUUGAUAGUAUCUAAUCAUAGUAUUUUCCGUUUUUAAUAAUUGUUGUGAAUUUUUUCAUAUCGUAAGACUUCUUUUUUAAUUUUUUUCUUUUACUUUCUGCGAGUUUUAUUGGCUUUAGUUAAGACUUGAGAUUAAGAGUUUGUUAAUAAAAGAACAACAUAUCGAAUUUAAUUAAAUUUAGCUUAACAUA